AAAAUUAUUGUGUGUCAUCUUUAAAGCUAAUAUAUUAGGUAAUUAUUUUUAAAAUUAUAUGACGCUGUGCAUUUGAGCCACUAAAUAGUUCCACAAAUUGACAUUUGUGAGAGGGACAAAACAAGUUUUUUUUAAAACAGUGCUAUUUUAUAAACAAAUCAGUUUUGUGAGCCAGUCUCUGCUGUGGGUUUUAUUAUGAUUUUUGAAAGGGAGUUUAAUAAGGAAAACGUAUCUCCUUUUAAAGGUAUCGAUAAAACAUCUACCAUCGAUAUAAGAUCCUGUGCGAAACCAAACAACAAGUUAUGGUUUCGUGGUGUGAGAAGUUCAAAAUUUCGACACGUGUACGGGGAGCCGGCGCGCAGGGAAAAGUGUUACGAUAACCUACAAAUAACGCGCAAUGCUCACGACUCUCAGUUCUGCGCAGUCAAUCCGAAGUUCGUAGCGAUUGUAACCGAAGUGGCCGGAGGCGGUGCCUUCGUUGUCAUACCAAUCACUAGUACUGGCAGAUUAGAUUUUAAUGCUAGUCGCGUAACUGGACACACUGGUCCAAUUUUGGACAUAAAAUGGAACCCAUUUAACGACAAUGUUAUAGCAUCCUGCUCUGAUGACUGCACAAUUAAACUAUGGCACAUUCCAGACGAAGGUUUAUCAGUUCACCUCACGGACUGGCUGGUAGAACUACAGGGGCACAAACGGCGGGUUGCCUACAUCGAAUGGCAUCCAACUGCAGAAAAUAUUUUGUUUAGUGCUGGAUUUGAUCAUCUGGUUAUAGUCUGGGAUAUAGAAAAAGGAGAGGCGUUAAACGUGAUAGAUUGCCAUAGAGAUGCUAUACAUUCCAUGUCACUUAACCGCGAUGGGAGUCUUAUUGCCACCACCUGUAAAGAUAAAAAACUUAGGGUUAUUGAACCCAGGAGCGGUAUUGUCAAAUCUGAGGGUGUCUGUCACUUUGGUUCUAAAGCCAGCAAAGUGGUGUUCCUUGGAUCGACUGGUCGGCUCAUCACCACCGGAUUCUCUCGACAUUCAGAUCGACAGUACUCGGUAUGGGAUCAAAACGAUCUUUCGCGCCCUCUAGUAACUGAUACUAUUGACAGCUCCUCUGGAAUAGUGUUUCCGUUUUAUGACCCCGACACAAAUAUCGUUUUCCUUGCCGGUAAAGGUGAUGGAAACAUCAGAUAUUAUGAAAUUACUGAUGAAGCACCAUACAUACAUUUUUUGAAUCAAUUUUUGUCAGGAAAUCCGCAGAGGGGUCUUGGAUUUAUGCCAAAACGAGGUCUGAAAACGCUACAAUGUGAAAUAUUUCGCUUUUACAAGCUCCACGCCACCAAAGGCCUGUGCGAGCCAAUUAGUAUGAUAGUGCCCAGAAAAAGUGACCAAUUUCAUGAAGAUCUCUACCCUGAUACUGCCGCCAAUAAGCCAGCCUUAUCUGCUCAAGAAUGGAUUAAAGGGGCCAACGCAACGCCGGUCCUGAUUUCAAUGAAAACUGGCGAAAGCAAAAUCUCCAUGCCGCUUAUAAAGAAAAACAACAAUUACAGAAAAGCUAUUGAAGCACCAGUUGUUGACAAUAACAGAAAAAAAUUUGCUUUCCUUUCGACGGAAACCAAUCCCGACUACAGACCAAAGGAUUUAAUUAACGAAAAAAGUCAAAAAACAUCAACCAAUCAGACCACAAGAUUUCAGCAACUUCAGCAACGUUUUAGUCAGAUUGAAGUCAAUAAUAAGGAUUUACCGCUAAAAGGAGUAAAUAACAUCGGGGAUAAUGCGCUUAAUGAAAACGAUUUAAGGAUUGCUUAUGAGCUUCAGUCAGAUGAAGUUAGAAAAUUGAAGAAGCAACUGGCCAACAGCGAGAAACGCGUAAAAGAAUUAGAGGACCAAGUGCGCAAACUCAGCUUAAAAUUAAACAAGUAAAUUAGGCAAGCUUAAAAUUAGUGCUAUUUGAUGCUUCAAAUAUGAAUUUCAAUGAACCUUAGUAUCAAAUUGUCAGGUACCUUUUUAUAUUUAUUUACUUAUUUUUUAAGUAUAAAUUGUCACAAUUAAUUUUUAAGAUUUUUACUGUACCUAUGUUAUUUUUUUAUAUGCGUGU